UCGUGUUCAGCGUGCAGCGUCAGACUGUUCCAGGAUGAGGGAGGAUGAGGGAGGAUGCAGCUCGAGCAGAGGACAGAAGAUGAAGAAGCUCUCUCGAAAGCUGGCGCUGGCUGCAGCUGCUGUCUUCUGGAUCGCAGCUUUGCUCUAUGUGAUCCUCCUGAACAGUCGGAGAAUACCUGAGCAACACACAGACACACAGAAAGAGGAGGAGAUAUCAAAUACAGAAUGGGAUGAUCUCUUGGAUGAGUUCGAAGAGAAGAACUACCUCAACACUCACAGGUGGAAGCCAGGCCAAGAUCCCUACAGUCAGUAUGCCUUCAAUCAAAGAGAGAGCGAGCGGAUCCCCAGCAACAGAGCUCUUAAAGACACCCGACAUUACAGGUGUACAGCACUGCACUAUGACACCGAGCUGCCGUCCACCAGUAUCGUGAUCACACUGCACAACGAGGCACGCUCCACUCUACUGCGCACACUGAGGAGUGUGCUGAAUCGGACGCCUGUGCAUCUGAUUCACGAGAUCAUCCUGGUGGAUGACUUCAGUGAGGAUCCAAAUGACUGCCUUCUUCUCACCAAGUUACCUAAAGUCAAGUGUCUUCGUAAUAAACGAAGAGAAGGGUUGAUCAGGUCCAGGGUUCGAGGGGCAGAUGCUGCUGAAGCAGAAGUCCUCACCUUCCUCGACAGCCACUGUGAGGUCAACAAAGACUGGCUGCCUCCACUGCUUCAGCGGGUCAAAGAGGACCCAAGCUGUAUCGCCAGCCCAGUGAUCGACAUCAUCAACAUGGACUCAUUUGCCUACGUUGCUGCUUCCUCGAACCUGCAGGGUGGCUUCGACUGGAGUCUCCAUUUCAAGUGGGAACAGCUGUCUGCUGAGAAGAGAGCCAAGAGAGUCGACCCCACAGAACCCAUUAAGACACCCGUUCUUCCUGGAGGGCUCUUUGUGAUCAACAAAUCCUGGUUCAACCACCUGGGGAAAUACGACACAGCCAUGGAUAUCUGGGGAGGAGAGAACUUUGAGAUCUCGUUCAGAGCGUGGAUGUGUGGGGGAAGUCUGGAGAUUGUCCCAUGCAGCAGAGUUGGCCAUGUUUUCCGCAAGAAACACCCAUACAUCUUUCCAGAUGGCAAUGCCAAUACUUAUAUUAAGAACACAAGACGUACUGCUGAGGUGUGGAUGGAUGAGUUUAAAAUCUUCUAUUACUCUGCUCGACCGGCAGCCAGGGGCAAGUCCUAUGGAGACGUUCGUGGUAGACAAGAGCUAAGAAAGAGUCUGAAAUGCAAAUCCUUCCAGUGGUAUUUGGACAAUGUCUAUCCAGAGCUCAAAGUUCCAGAUAAUUCACAUUCAAAAUCUGGAGUGAUCCAGCAAAGGCAGAACUGUCUUGAAGCUCAGCAAGCUGAGGAACAGGAUGUUCCAGUGCUCACGCUCGCCCCAUGCAUCAGCACCAAAGCUGCCAACCAGGAGUGGAUCUACACACAUGGACAGCAGAUUCGGCAGCAGCACGUCUGCCUGUCCGUCUCUACCACACUGCCUGCCUCACAGAUCCUACUCGUGCCCUGCAACAUCAGCGACAGCAAACAGCGCUGGCAGAAAACAGGCACCCACCUGGAGCACCAGGUGUCACACUUCUGUCUGGACAGUGAGAUGGCUUUGGAUGGUGUGGACAGCGGCGGGAUUUUGGUGAUCAGCCCAUGUGAGCUCUCAGUGCAAACACAGAGAUGGGAAAUGCCUUUUUCUUGAUCCUGAGCUUCUCCAGGCCAAACAGUGAGAGAGGCUCCUGUGUGUAAGACAACACAACAGGGAAGACAACAACAAUCUGCUGCACAUGCAGUCACUUCCAUUGUCUGUAGCUCAACAGGAUCCCUGAAGUGUAAGUAAGAACAGAAAUGAGCAGCUGGGCAGAUGUGCAAACUCAAGCAAGACCUUUAAAAUAACAGUGGAGAAUGAAGAAGUACAGAAAACACACACACACAUACACACACACACACUGUAGAGUGAAAAAGUAUUUGCCCUCUUCCUGAUUUCUUCUAUUUUUGCAUAUUUGUCGAUUUUUUUGAGAUCUUCAAACAAAGAAAACACAAAAAUACAGUUUUUAAAUUAUUGUUUUAUUUAUUGAAGAAAAAGGUUUAUGUGGUGAGAAAGUAAUUGCCCCCUUUGUUACUCAAUCAACCAACUAACCAAAUCUAAUUGAUAACUGCAUUCAAAUAGACUAGACACACCGAGGCUUGAUUACUGCCAGGCCUGCUGAAUCUAAACAUCAGUGUGAAGCCAACAAGCAGCAACAAGCAAAAACCACUGCUAAUAAAAAGGAACAUAAAAGCUCAUCUCACAUUUGCCAAAAAACACCUUGAUGACCCCAAGCCUUUUGGUAUAAUGUUCUGUGGACUGACGAGUUAACAGUGGAACUUUUUGGAAGACAUGUUACAUCUGGCCUAAAGCUAACUCAGCAUUCCACAAUAAGAGCAUGUGAAACAUGGUGGGGGUAGUGUGAUGGUGUGGGGAUGCUUUGCUGCUCUCCAGCAGAAAACCCUGUCAGGUCAUCAGUCCAUGAUCUGAAGCUCAAGCGCAGUAGGAUUAUGCAGCAAGACAACGAUCUGAAGCACAAGAGCAAGUUCACCUCCGAUUGGCUCAAAAGCAUGAAAAAUGAAGGUUCUGGAUUGGUCUAGUCAAAGUUCUGAAUUGAACCCCAGUGAGAUGCUGUUGCAGGACCUUAAACAGACAGUUCAUGCUGAAAAGCCCUCCAGUGUUGUUGAAUUAAAGCAAUUCUGCAAAAUUCCUCCACAGCGAUGUGAAAUAUCAGUUAUCAGAAGCAUGUGAUAAAAGUGAUAAGGAAAUCAGGGAGGGGGCAAAUACUUUUUCAUGGCACUGUGUGUAUGUGUGUGUGUGUGUGUGUGUGUGUGUGUGUGUGUGUGUGUGUGUGUGGUUAUCCC